AUGUUCACUUUCACGCGUAUAAAAUUACUUUUACUGCUCUUACAAACACUCGAAAUUUUGGGGCAUCCGAACGUCAGUGAAUUCACCUACGAGACUUGCAAGCAGCUAAAUGCCACCGUCAACAUUACCUGUACCGAACUGGAUACGCACACCACCAUAGUAUUCAACAAUGAGGAUCACUUCAAAAUUUACGUCUCAAAGGACUACCAAAGCUUCACCAUUUCAUGCAUAGGCACAGCAGAGGACAUGUUGCAAAUUGUCGGCAAUCUACCCGAACUCUCGCUGGGCCGAAUACAAGACAUCACAAUCGACGGCUGUAUACCCUUCGACGAUAUAUUCCGGCGACUAGGCAUCAGCACGGGCACAAUGGUGAAGCUACAACGCGGCGUCACCAACACACCGCUCAAACGCAGCCACCUCACCAGCCUGGAUGGUGUCAUCGAAUUCGUACUAAGUGGCUUCGAUCAACUGGAUGUCGAUAUACUUACGGAUAUGCGAAGCAUUGAAACACUAAAGUUUGCAUGGUUGGAGGCACCUUUGCCCGCUGGCUUCCUAGAGCCAAUCAGCGCACACUUAAGGCAAAUACAAAUGCGUGAUAAUCGCCUGCAAACGCCACCAGCGCGCCUAUUUGCACCGUUGCACCACCUCGAGUUGCUCGAUUUGAGCUACAAUGGUUUGAGCGUCAUACCAGCUGAUAGUUUUGAGCAACUCUACAAUCUAACUGAAUUGGAUUUGAGCAACAAUCGAAUUGAACGCCUGCCAGCGGAUGUCUUCCGCUCCCUGCGCGAACUCACGGUGCUAUAUCUGUCAAAUAAUCGCUUGCAGCAACUGGAGCUCGGCACCUUUGCUAAGCUCGGCAGUUUGCAACAUCUCGAAAUCGAAAAUAAUGCGCUUGACCUUGACGCUGCGGUAGCCUGCAACAUCUUCGACGGCCUCACCAAGCUGGAGUAUUUGGAGUUGAGCAACAAUUCGCUUAGCGUUUACUGCUUGCCACAUCAUAUGGGAUCGGUGCGCGUUAAAGUGGCGCAUAACCGUAUAAGCGCGUUGCUGGUGCAUGCUGCUGGUGAAAAUCAGCCGCGUCAGUUGGCCAACUUGAAUCUGCGUAACAAUCGGCUGCGGCAAUUGAGCGAGGAAACGCUGCUGUAUCUGCAUGAUUCUUUAGCGGAUAUAUCGCUGGCGCAUAAUCCCUGGCAAUGCGAUUGCGCAUCGGUGCUUUGGUUUAAUUUUGUUAAGCUGAAUAGCAAGCGUGUGAGCGAUUUAGAAGAGUUGAGCUGCGCUGAUGGCAACGCAGAGGGACAGGUGGCCCGGCUGACAUCGAGUGAUGUGUGUAAACCGGAGUCACAUUUGUAUUACAUAAUCGCGAUUGUUGCACUCGCAACUGUUGCGCUGACGCUGUUGGCUGUGGCAGUUGGGGCAUAUAGGCGAGCGGCGCGACGGAGUGCCGGAAAGCAGAAUAGUUGCGCAGAAAGUGAAUUGAGUUAA